CGCGUACUCCGUACUCUUAACUACUCUGAAUGGCCACUAGGGGGGGAGUUUUAGUUUAGCUCACAGAUAUUUUUUAAGCGCGGGAUUCUGUCUGGUCCUUUCAUUAUGCCAACCCAGAAAAUGGCAUCAUUCUGUAACUAGCUCCGAGCUAGCUAACUAACUAACCAACCCGCCACCGAACGAGAACGAUAAGCUCACUCAAAGCAAGCAUGCCCGCUGAGCUGUGGUGGGUGGUGAGAAAGCUCGACAUGGAGUUGUUGUUGACGUCGUCUUCCAAUCUCCUACUCCCCCCUUCCUCUGCUGCCAGCAGAGCUCCUUAAAAAGGGAGGCUGGAAAGAAGAGUUCUAUUUAUUCUCUCUCCUCUUCCUAUAUUCAUAUUUCUUCAGUCAUUUGUUUUCUGUCUGAAGCUGCCUAGGGUUCAUUCGAACCAGGUUCUUUGCGGGCACUCAUGGCAUCUUCAGCUGGAAACAUGACGGUGAUGGCCUCCCCAACACCUACGACCAGAGCAACCCCUCAGGGAGGAAUUUUUGAUCAUUCUAAUCCGUCGAAAUAUGAUCCCAAGAACCCCAUUACCCUCUUCAUUAUUCAAGCCGGCCUUAUCAUUCUCAUAUGCCGUGCCCUUCACUACCCUCUGUCAAAAAUUCGCCAGCCCCGAGUCAUAUCUGAGGUCGUUGGCGGCAUCAUAUUAGGCCCAUCUGUCAUGGGUAGAAUACCUGGAUUCCGCGAUGCCAUUUUCCCCGAAGAAUCAAUUCCAAACCUCAAUCUGGUUGCCAACCUCGGCCUGGUGCUCUAUCUGUUUAUGAUCGGAGUCGAAACCAAUAUGCGCUCUAUGUUGAGCAAUUGGAGGGUUGCUGUAAGCGUGUCUGCCGCUGGUAUGAUCCUACCAUUCGGACUCGGUUGUGCAAUUGCCUAUGGUUUGUACAACGAAUUCAGAGGAGACCCGGCUCUGGCUCCAAUUAAUUUUGGAACCUACAUGCUUUUCAUAGGUAUCGCGAUGGCUAUUACUGCUUUUCCUGUCCUUUGUCGUAUUUUGACGGAGCUUGAACUCCUAAACACGACAGUAGGCGAGAUCGUGCUUUCUGCCGGAGUCGGCAAUGACGUUGUUGGCUGGAUCCUUCUUGCUCUCUGCGUUGCCCUCGUCAACGCAAGCACUGGAUUGACUGCCUUAUGGGUCUUGCUGACCUGUGUUGCAUUCGUCCUAUUCUUGACUUUCGCUGUGCGGCCGGUGUUCAUCUGGUACCUGAAACGCACUGGCAGUUUACAUAAUGGCCCUGAUCAGUCUGUCGUCGCGUUGACUUUACUUCUCGCCCUGGGUGCUGCAUUCUUUACUCAAGUUAUAGGUGUGCACGCAAUUUUUGGUGGGUUCUUAGUUGGACUCAUCUGUCCUCAUGAAGGAGGGUUCGCCAUCAAAACCACAGAAAAGAUCGAGGAUUUGAUAGGAGCCGUUUUCCUCCCGCUAUACUUCGCGCUUUCAGGGCUGAACACAAAUAUUGGUCUACUUGACACGGCAAUGACAUGGGGUUACGUGAUCGCCGUUAUAGUCAUCGCGUUUGCAGCAAAAGUUGCUGGAGGGAUGUUUGCAUCUCGACUGAAUGGGCUGGUUUGGAGGGAAAGUGCUGCCAUCGGUGUGCUAAUGAGCUGUAAGGGGUUGGUUGAACUUAUUGUCCUGAAUAUCGGUCUCCAAGCCAGGAUUCUCAGCGGCAGAACUUUUACGAUUUUUGUUGUCAUGGCACUUGCUACUACAUUUGCUACGACACCACUUACUCUCUACCUUUAUCCGGAAUCGUAUCGGGAUAGAAUGGAGAGGUGGAGGCGUGGAGAAGUCGAUUGGGACGGAAAUGAAAUCUCAUCGGAAAGUGAUCCAUCCAACAGUUCAGAUAUCGCGCAACGGAAAGCACGAGGUUCAUCAACCCAGAAGUUCCUCGUUUAUUUGCGACUCGACAACUUGGCAGGGCUUUUUACCUUUGUCUCUCUCUUGGGUCUCGGGGAUGGUUCAAAAACUCCUAGUAGUAAGGUCCACCAUCGCCAUGAAGACAAGAAAAUCGAUUUGUUCUCCAAGAAAGAACGCCCUGUGGAAGUUCAUGGCCUUCGUUUAAUUGAACUUACCGACCGUGAUUCUAGCGUAAUGAAGGUAUCAGAAGCCCGUGAUUAUAGCUUCAGCGACCCAAUUUUGAAUACAUUUAGAACCUUUAGCCAGCUGAACACACUUACUGUGUCCGGUGCUGUCGUCAUUUCUCCUGAGCACGCGUAUGCCGAGACGAUUGUCAACAAGGCCCGUGAUCUCUCAUCGGACUUUAUUCUACUCCCUUGGAGCGAAACCGGAGGCAUGAGCGAGCACCAGAUUCUCCUUUUCGACGAUAAAACAGAGAAAUUCUCGACUGGCCCUCACACUGCAUUUGUGUCUAAUAUUCUAAAGAAUGCUAAAUGCCCUGUCGGAGUUUUCGUUAACAAAGGCUUCGGCGGACCACAGUUAACCAGGCCACAGCCAGGACAUUUGAGCCGUUCCGUCAGCGGCACUAGUGUCUACAAAUCGGCUGAUAUUACAUUGUCUCCAGCACUGAACCAAGGACACCAUAUCUUCUUUCCUUACUUUGGAGGUGCUGAUGAUAAAGUGGCCCUCCGCCUCGUCCUCCAGCUCGCCAAAAACACGACCGUAACUGCCACAAUUAUGCAUGUUGAUACGACUGACGAGGUUAGCCCCGCAUCUUCUACCCAAGAAGAUGCCAAUGUGCCACCAACGCCAAGCUCUCAGGAUAAGGAUGCCGACAAUUCCUUCUUUAACGCUCUCCGUGACUCUGUACCUGAAGCACUCAGUUCCCGUGUAAUUUUCCAAAAUCUCAAAACAACACCAACAACUAUUGUCACCGCCGUCUUAGAUGCCGCACAAGCCGAUGUUGGAAAAUCGAAGGAAAAUACCGGCGACCUUGUCAUCGUUGGACGUACCAACGUGGCUACUAGCACGCUCACAUCCGCAGGACUGUCCUCCUCAGGGGAGAUGGGCUCGGAAGCAAAGCGGGCGCUUGGUGCGCUUGGGGAAGCCUUGGCCGCUACUUCGAAUGCGGUUCAAGCGAGUGUGCUUGUGGUGCAGGCUGGUCCGAACGUAUAAGUAAAUGUAUGCCUUGUCGUUUCUGAUGGUGGUCUUAUAUGCACGGAGCCAACAUCUUGAUAUGCUUAUGACCUUUCUUUGGGUUACUCGGAUUUCAUGGACGUGUUAUGCCGUACAUUUUGAAGCGAUUUGUGUUGAAUUCUUUUUGGGUCAUUAUUAAUGUGAUAUACGGUGAUGGUGGAUUUUUCCUGCGAUAUUUUGGCUGGAUAUGAAUUUGAGUUUCUGAUAGAGGGAUGUUUUCUAUUUCGCCCGUUCGACAUCUUAAGAGUUUACUAUCAUUCCAUGCACUAGCCUUGUUCUCAUGCUGGACGUACGUUACCAGCUCAACAGCCCCUGCUACCUUCAUGACAACCGGAUAUAUGUAUCGCCAGGAAAGGAAAUCCCAAAGACGAUGUACUGGACAUAGUAUCAAAACAAUUUAGCUCCUUUUUCAUCACCUCGCCCGUCAACAUCCUAGGUGGUUUUGAGCAGUGGCAUGCCAUUAAUCUAUGAAUUCCGUCUCCUAGAUCCUUUCUACAUAACAAUGACUAGUUUUCUAACCCAAGCGUUUUUUCGGGGGGCUAGAACAACACCCCUUAACCCCUCAAAGUUAUGGCGGAUAUUUGGCUUUGAGAGGGAGGCAACAACGUGGUAUACUCACGAACGAACAUCUUACCGGCGAGGAUUUGGAGGAUCUCUACAGAUGUAUGGAUGUCCAUGUAUGUACAUCUACGUAUAUCAGCAAGCGCGCUCAUCGGAAUUUUAGAGCGUAUUUGACGCAUGAUUGAAAUGUGCUUCUUUCUUCUAUUUUUCAUAUCUGGGGAAACACCAAAGCCUCCGAACAACUAGUUAACUAGUGUUUAGCGCAAUAUUUCUGAUUGAGCGAGAUUUCCCAGAUAAAGUGACAUUGGUUUCUUUCUUUCUAGGGCGCGGUUGCAUGGAAUAUAUUGGUUGCCUUGUGUAUAUUAUACAUAUCAUCAUCCAACUGCCAAAUCCACAAAAAACCAAAUCACUAGUGUGACUGAAAAAAAGAAAAAAAAAAAAAAA